AUGCCCUCGAAAGUGGAAAAUAGCGACAACAUUGAUUGUUACACAUUACAAUUAGAGCUUCAAAAGCUCGGAAUUCAUGUCGUAUCUAGUCGACAAGAUACAGUCGUAUCUGUUAAGAUCAAGGGUCUCGCAGGACGAGCGUUGAAUCAAGGACUACGAUUAGCUGAUCAACUUUUGCAAGCGAAGUUUAAACAUGCUAUUCAACUGCAUACGGAUUCAGCGACAAAACUUUUUAUUGAUCCAACAUUUGGACCUUGUACCACCGAUAUAGAUGGAGCAGCAGCAAUGUGCAAAGCAGGAGCAAAUAUUCCAUCCAAAGGGGGGUCGCAGCAUCAAGCAAAAGUUCUUGGACUGCUACAACACGGAAAAAUUCGGUGGGAACGACCAAUAUACGCUUCAAAUGACGAAGCUGACAAGAGUCUGAUGUUGAACGAUGAGGAUGAGUGUUCGACUGACAACGUUUUUGCUUCGAAUGCGACGUUAUUUGCUGAUGGAGCUUCAUCUGGAGACGUCAUUCAAGGAAAUCUCGGCGAUUGCUGGUUUCUGAGUGCAUUGAGUGUGGUUGCAACACGUUCAGACAUACUAGAGCAGAAUUUUUGGCGCAAAGACCUGUACAAGUCAAGAGGGUUGUUUGUUUGCAGAUUUAUGAAGAAUUUCGUAUGGAAUUACAUUCUCAUUGACGACCGGUUGCCAGUGUUUGGAUUCAGUGAUUUCAAGGAAGGAAAACCAUACUUUGCUCGCUGUCGUAAUCCGAACGAGCUCUGGGUAUCCUUGCUAGAAAAAGCUUAUGCAAAGCUUCACGGCAGUUAUGAGGCUCUUACCGGAGGAUUUGUUGAUUGUGCGCUGAAUGAUCUUACCGGAAUGUGCUCAGAGCAAGUGAUUUUAAAAGAGGGAUUUCCAGGAUAUGGUGAGAGCCCUUACGAACCUGUCAAACCGUUACAAAAGCACGGGGAUCCGUUUUGGGGGAAGAUCAAUCGUUAUAGGGAUUGCGGGUCACUUAUGGGAUGUUCAAUUCAGCCGCAGACAAAAGAAGUUGCAAUUGAAUCAAGCGCAGGAAAUGGCCUUUACUUCAAACAUGCGUACGCUUUAGUGGAUGCAGCAGAGAUCAAAACAGUAGAAGGGGAAUCUGUUCGCUUGCUUAAGCUGCGAAAUCCAUGGGGAAUGGGUGAAUGGACUGGGCCGUGGUCAGAUUCUAGCGAUGAGCGCACUAUCAAUGAGGAUGCUAUCGCAAAGUAUUUUAAGAUUAUUAAUCGCAAAGUUGGAGCCAACGCUGAGAAGCGAGUCUUUAUGACGAUGAAUGCCCGUGGAGUUGUUGGUGCAGACACCAUCGCCCAAGAAGAGGAGAUCGAGAUCAACGCAAACGACGGAACUUUUUUUAUGUCGUUCGAGGCUUGGAUGCAGUCAUUUACACACUUUUUUGCUGGCAUAGAUUUUCCCGAUUCAUGGCAUGGGCGUCGCUCAGAAGGAUGUUGGAAUGAAGCAAAUUGUGGUGGUAAUACAACUAAAAGCACUUGGGUAAACAACCCACGCUUCGAGCUGGCGCUCGAGCAGCGAGCUCAAAUAUUUGUGUCGUUGAGUCAGGAAGAUCCUCGUGGAAGCGACAUUUUAAAAAUUGUACCUAUUGGCUUUCAUAUCUGCUCACUAAGUCCAGUUAAAAAUGAUCCGAACAAGUUUGAAACUCGAGAACCCGCGAAUAAACUCGAUGCUUAUUAUCGAGCAUACAAACCGGCUGAACGAGAAAGCUAUCAGAGUGGGAGGCGAUCGGAGCCACUUCCACCGGCUAUAAUGCCUGGCACGGUCAUUCCCGGGAUCGACGAUGACGGAGUACCACAACCUGCUUAUACUUUCAAACAAGCUGUUUCGGUGGAAGCCACGAUGGAGCCUGGACGAUACUGCAUCAUUCCGAGCAUGUACAUGAGAACAGAGAAAACAAGUGGGAGUACCAAUGUUGGCAAUUUUUGGAUCUCGGUAUACUCGGACAAGCCAACAUUUCGAUUAGAAGGAGGUGAAAAAAUUGUCGAGGAAGAGGAAGGCGACGAAGAGAAAGUUAACACAGAUCAGCCAUCUAACCAAAGAAAAAGUGUUGAUUUUGGUCAUAAGAGCAAAAGGCAUUUUGUCAUCAGUUCAAAUCAAAAUUUAGAAACCAUCUUGAAAUCAAGAAGUGCAUCAGUAGCUGGGAAGCGUCAGCGAUUUGAGAUCGAAAAGCAGGAAAUUCUGAAGCAAGCGAAACGGAUUGGAAUCGGAUUGCGUGAGCUGAGAGCAACGUUUGCAAAGUUUCCAAAACUUUCGAAAGCAGAGUGUCGAUCAAAGUUGCAGAAACUUGGGUUUAAUGUGUCAUGCUGGGAUGACGAUACAUUAGGAUUCUUCUCUGGUAGAGGGGAGAAGAGUGGAAUGAUUCAAACAGAUUACAUCUUACAACUGUUUGCUUCAGAUCUUGAGGAGAAAAACACGAUUCUCGAGCUUCCCGAUAUGGAAGAAGAUGGAGACACGCCUAACAGUAUACACCGCGAAGGCAUUCUUGAAAUUGAACUACUCGGAGCAACUGGUCUAACUAUUUGUAGAAAACGAAAGGGUAUACAGCGACAAGCUCAAAUCACGGCCCCUACAUUUUCGCCAUCAGAAACUUGUCUUCGUCAACAAAUUGGAAGAGAAAUUCUGGAUCGAGAUUUAACUAUGGCCAGACAGCUCGAUCACUUUGCAAAGAAGUCUGUACUGCUUGCAAAAGCGCACAAGGCUAGUAGACAAACAAUCAUAGGAGCUUCAAAGUAUUCUAUGCAGAAAACUACUCCAGUGACAGCAUUUUAUGAGCUUUUGGAAAGAGAAUAUACCGCUCAAAAAUUAUCCACCCUUAACUCAAACGAUAACCUCGAUGAUCAGAUGUCUGACAGCCAAAUCCUAGAUCACUCCACGCAAAUUGAGACGUCUUCCUUCUACUCUGCUCAGUCUCCAAAUGACAUUCAAGGGUGGACACAACCAAUAAAUAAUCAAACUGCAUUGGAGUUGCACAAGAGCAAUCACUUUCGUGAUCUUGAAGUGAAACGAUCAGCCCGUUUAAAGUCGCUACUUCAGCACAAGCAGAUUGCUCUUGGUGAUGCAGAGAAAACGGCUGCGCUGCCUCGUCUAAUUGGUGGUAAAAAGAGUGGCUCGAAUUAUAUCAAGUGUAUCGAUUGUGGAACUCGCGUGUUCAUUUCUGGGCGAUCGAAGAGAUUUGUAGAAGCAUCAGAGGAGCCGACAAGUUUUUUGUGCAACGGAUCAAAUUGUGUUAAUGUCUUUUGCUCUCCCUGUUUCUCGCUUUUGCCUGAAAAGAACAAAGUUUGCGAGGAGUGCUUUCAGCACGAAAUAUUAUCUGACGAAACAUUUGGUGAGCAACUUCGCAGCAUUUUGAUCGAAAAAAUUGGCGGUUCCGACCAGCAACGCUCGCAUCUUGAGCGAGUGUUUCAUUCUUUUGACGCAGAUGGUUCGGGGUCUUUGAGUUCCCAAGAAUUUGAGAAAAUGCUUGAGCUGUUGGACAUCCAACCUGCACUUAAGCAGAAUCAAAUAGCUUCUCUUAUCGAACAGUUUGACGCGAACGGUGAUGGUGAAAUAAGUCUAAUCGAAUUUAAACAUUGGAUAUUAACAGAUCACGUAUGGACGGAAUCUGUAGCGUCACCAACAAGUCGGAUGGACACACCACACAAUGUUGCUCAAGUCCUCGAGACAAUUAUAUCUCCCUUAUGUAAUGAUAUCAUAGAUGUCGCCUACAGCGCGUAUGCAUUGAGUUCAACGAUAAAGUCUUGGUCUAGCUCAUCGAAUUUUACAACAGAAGCAAAUAAAACGUCACAAAGUGAUGAGUCCGGAGUUAUCCUAUUUCAGCGAGUCAUGGGCCUAUCGUCUCUUUCGGCUGAAACGUCAAAUGUAUUAGUAGAAGUAUUUGAACAACUGAAUAAUGAUGCAAGCGAUAGCAUAGAUCAAUUCGACUUUGUCGAUUACUUCGCGGUAUUGGGAAUUCACUUCAAUUUCGAAGAUGCACUGCUGAUCAUGAAUCGCUUAGGUGCCACUUCUACAGCACACGAGUCUACAACAAUUCAGAAAGCUGUUUUUAUGAAGUAUGUCGAAACAAUAAGCACCAAGUCUUUCAUGCGUCAGAGGGAUGACCAAGCUAGUAGUCUAAGUAACAUCUUACUUAAGCUCGAUGAGAUCGCUCAAACAAGCCUUUCUGUUCGAACAAUGUUGCAAGACGAGCUACAACAACUGCAUGGAAACAUGACGAACAACGAGCUGAUAUCACUCUGCCAAAGUAUCUACAGCAAGGUAGAACUUGACGUUACUGUCAACGAUCUCAAGUCCCUCGCAUUUAACCUCACAUUUCAUCACGACGUAUUCACGAAUGAUCAAUCUUCUGUGCCGAAAAUCAAAAGAGAGGAACAGCUUCUGUCGUUAAAGUCAAGUGGGGACGUGCUGGCUAGAGCUUUACUCACUGAAUCUGGAAAUUUAAUGGCAUAUGUAAGGACAUUUGAUGCUGAUGCAAUUUUUGCUAAGCUUUCAGCUCAUCUACAGAAACGCAGCGGAACACUUGAUAUUAAAAUUAUUUGGAAAAACGUGUUUGGAGCCGACCCGGCUGAUGCCAUCUAUCUUAAUGACUUUGUACGAGGCGUGCUGAAGACUGGAUUUGAAAUAGGCACUGGUAUCGGGUCGAAUUCUGUUCCGGAUGAUCGACUUUUGACAAAAGUACUGAUUGCACUCAGUCUUGAUGUAGUACGAAUCGACUAUCGAGUCAAAUUUCCAGCGACGCUGAAUUGGAACGAUCCAGUUCUGGACUUUAACUUGUUUCAGAUCAUCAUGCGACUUAAAAAUCUAAAGGAUCUUGAGUCUCAAAUCAAUCAUGCGCUCAUAAAUUUCUCACAAUUGUGUAAUGGAGAGCACCAGUAUCUUGUGACAAUGGCGCUUGAUGCGAAUCGAAAUUUGAUCAUCAGAGCAAGAGAUCCAAUUUUUAAACUUACUGCCGAUCUCAUACUUUGUGAGAAUGAAUUUGACUUGCAAAAUCUGUUAGCACAAGUCCAAUUUCAGGACUUUGAGAGUCGACAGCAAAAAAUUCACGAAAAAUCACGAGAAGCUUCGUUCAUCCAGUCACCGCAUGGUCUCAUUACGAGCGACUUGUAUCCGAAAUUGAAUGCGUCAAUGCUAGCAAUUAUUGAGCGAACUAGAGUGGAGCAAAAAUGUCAGCGUGUUUAUACUAAGUCACAAUUUGCCGUCCGUGUCCUGGGUCUGACUUUGGUGGAAAGUAACGCAUUCAUAUCAACUCUACGUAAUUUACUCUCCAAAUAUGAGUUUCCAUUCUACUGGUCGAUAAAUCAACGCAGUUUAGUGUUCUCCAUUGAUAGCGAGUACUUUGAUCAGCUAGGCAAACCAAGUUUUCAACAACUUGUUGCGGAUACGAUUUCAGAACGAUCAACUCCUUCGCUGCGGGCUUUAGCAACAUUUGUAGCGCACACUGCAUCUACGUUGCGGGUUUGUUACCACAUUGUCGGCAAGUACUCGAAAGCUGAAACGAGCUGGCAGGAGUUUCAAGACCUCAUCUCGGGUCACCAAGAUGCGUAUGCUGUCCUACAUCUGCAUCCACACGGUUCAACGUACACGACUGGUGUCUCUCGUGUAAGUGGCUCAGGAGCUGUGCAAUGGAAUUUUCAGACUCUGAUCGCGAUUCAAGAGCCAAAUGUUUGCGACUAUCGGAUCGAUCGCCCUGUCAUUUUCACAGAUACUGUCAAAGUAGCUUGUACCCCUGAAAGCUCUCCAUCUGUUGAGAGUAUUUCAUUCAUUGUCGGUGAUCAUGACGAGAAUUUAGGUCAUUUCGUAGUCCUCAGCGUGCGAAGAGCUCUACCAAAUGGGCUACAAGCUCCAAAGCCGAGACUCUAUUGCACAGCUUAUGACCCGUUGACAUCGUGUGAUUAUGCGGUGGAGGGAUACCCUUCGGAUUGGCCAAUUGAUUUUUUUGAUGUCAGUGUCAACCCUUCGUUUGAGUCUCAGUGGCAAGCAAUGCUUUGCAAUAUGCGCCUUGGCCAAACUAUUACUCCAGAACUAGUUAUAUCUGUCUAUAACAAACUGCCCAAAACCGACAAAUUGAUCGGAGAGUGUCAAGUUGCGGUUGGAUCUGCUAUCGCUCAAGAAGGUCACAAUUUCAAGAAAAACAUCACACUGCAAUCUGCGACGUCAACUUCUGCUGGAGUCAUGGCGUUGACGUUUCGCUUUGACGUGAGCAAAACGCCUAAUACGAAACCUUCAUUGACAGGUUCGGAAGAUUAUCAUUCAGGAAGUCGAGAACAAAUAAAGUCUGGUGUACAAUACUCACCAGAAGUUCGAACGGAACUAGUCCAUAAUAGUUUUGAUGACAGGUCGAAUCAGUUGCCAGUCUUCACACCUUUGAGUGGGACGGCUGAAUGCACAGCACGAGAGCAAGUGAAACAAUUGCAAGCGCAGCUUCAACAGCUAUCAAACAUUGCAAACAAGACCUCCGACGAUGAAGCUGAAAGAUGGAAGCGGAGACUGAAGCAGGCAAGACAAGAACAACGCGCAAUAGACGAACAACAUGCCGCGACAUUGGCAGAUUUUCAAGAAGAAAUUCGUUGCUUAAGGCAACAAAUCGAAUCAAGAACGAGCGAUACUCAAAAAGUAAAUCACCUGAAACACUUUCAGCUUGCACCUCACGCCUCAGCAAACGAGAUUUUCUCCACGAUUAGAGAAACUUUAAUGAGUCGAUGCCCUGACCGACCGUAUCUUGGUUUAAAGAAGGCUUUGGUUGCCGAGGCGGAAGUCUCAGGAACGGUAACUUUUGCUGUGCUCAAUGAAGUUCUUAGCGACUUUGGACUCGCACUUUUAUCGAAGCAGCGAGCAAAUUUGAUGAAUGUUCUCGAUCCAGAACUUAACGGCCGCGUGAGUAUCGAUGAUUUUUUCUAUAAUCUCUGCGGUGAUGCUGAAGCGUAUGAUAAAACGAUGAAUCCUCGAAGACCGAUGUCGUCAACCCGUGAGCGAAUUAGCCCGGUCGUGCUGACACUAGCCUCCGAACCAGUCGUUUUGAAGCCAACACCACCGUCUCAAAAGCCGAUUUCCCCAUUGCCACCACCCAUGCGUGCGUCAAAAGGGCGAAACAUGACCUGGCAGGAGAUGAAGCAAUUUUUAGUAUCCAAUGUCCCAGAUGGCUGGGAAACACGAUUUACUGAAAAAGGCCGACCAUACUAUUGCAAUCACGCAAGCCGAUCAACACAAUGGAAACACCCUAGAUCAGAGACUGAAGCGAUCUUUAGCGAAUGGGUCCAACAAAAUGGUGCCAAUUUUAAUCGAAAAGCUACAUCAACUCGUGCUUUUACGACAUAG